CUCUCCUUCCUAGAGACCAAUGUGUCAGGGAAAGAUGCCCAGCUUCUUCCUGCUUCCUGCCUUCCUCCCAUCACAUUGUGGGAGCCUGACUUGCCAAUAUCUAAUCUAUCACUCUAUUUAUCUAUCUUUGGCCAGCCUGGAAGAGGGAGAGACUACAGAGGCGUUAAGGUUUCAGGAAGGUUUGCAAUGCAAGGAGAAGUGCCAAAGAAAAUGAAAACUGAGGUGCAAGACCCAGAGAGAGACGAAAAGGGGGAAAGAAUGGAGAUGGGACAAAAUGCCUGUGACGACAUCGUUGUCCAAGGGACCCAAGAGAAGUUCCCAGCUUUGGCGAAGCAAAUUAAGCAGGAACCAGAGAAUGAGGAAGAGUGGCCGGAACAGUACUGGGAAGCCAAAUGGCAGGACUUCCUGAAGACCUUGCAGGCCCCUUAUUUAGGAAGGAGCUUCCCUCAGCUGUCUCCACCCCACUCAGUGGAAGCCCCCAAGGAAUGUCAAGCCGCCAUUAAGGAAGGUGCAGAGCCCACCUGUGGUCCGGAAAUUUGAGCCAGCCCACCGAAGACACCCAGGAGAACCUCAACACCAGCUCGGGUGUUUCGGUGAAAGUGAAGGAAGAGAUUCCAGAUGAGGAUACUGUCACUUUGGAGGAACGGCGGCAGCGGUUCAGGAAAUUCUGCUACCAAGAAGCCGAAGGGCCCAGAGAUGCCUGCAGGCAGCUCCAGGAACUUUGCUCCCAAUGGCUGAACCUGGAAAGGUGCACCAAGGAGCAGAUCUUGGAGCAGGUCAUCCUUGAGCAAUUCUUGACCAUCUUGCCCGAAGAAGUGCAGAGCUGGGUCAGGGAAGGCGGGCCAAGGACCUGCGCUCAGGCGGUGACUCUGGCAGAAGAUUUCCUCCUGGGACUGAAGGGAAGACAAGGGCAGGAUCUAGAACCUUUUCAGGAAGUGACUGUCCGUUCUCCCAAGAUGGAACAGGAGCCAUCGGAUGCUGAAGACGUGGACCUCUUCAUGGACGUAGAACAGGACAGCGAUGGGGAAUCAAACUUACUCACAUCUAAUGCAGCGACGAAUGAAGAUGAAACUCCACAGUCAGAAAGAUCCAGGUCCCUUAAAUCCAGCAGAAUGACCAUGGGGAAAUUUUCCCACAAUUCUCUCUUUUCAGGAAAUGGGGAAAAGAUGCAUAUUCUUAAGCCUCAGAGACUUGAGGAGGUCGAUGUGAAGGCAAUCUCAUCGGAAAGUCCUGUUGGGACACCUUUGCAUGUGCCUAGAGUGGAAAAAAGGCACGUAAGUGAGUAUGAGUUGAAAACCCUUCAGGAAAACCCUUUGGUGAAGACAUUAAGGCAGAAUGUCGGAUGCAGGGAGGAAAGCAGGCUGGAUUUAAAUGCAAACCCUUCCCAAGAUAGAGCCACCCAGUACCUACUGGAAAAGACAGGCAUCGUCUCUGGGCCAAGGCCCAAUCUCUUCCUGCCUGCCAUGUUGCAGGGAUACGAGUGCUCGUACUGCGGCAAGCGGUGGCCGUGCCGAUCCCAGCUCCUCCGGCACCUCAGAACCCACACCGGCGAGCGGCCGCACAAAUGCUCCGACUGCGGGAAGAGCUUCAGCACCAGCUCGCACCUCAGCCAGCACAAAAGGGUGCACACGGGCGAGAGGCCGUACAGCUGCAAAGACUGUGGGAAGAGCUACCGCCGGCGGGCCUCCUUGGUCCAACACGAAAGCGAAACGUGCAAGAAGGGAAGCCACUUGAAUGCUCCGGCACCGCCGGUGGAUUACGUAGUGUUAGGAAACUGCACUUUGCUGUACAUGAAGAAGUCGACGCAAGGCAGGCGGAACCGGGUGAUCGCUCCGAAGGGAGGGGAAGCCCUUUUGGCAGCUCAGCCCUUAAAGAUCAUAACAGGAUAUCCUCCAGAGAGGAGCGACGCCGACAAUUAAACAACGAGGUAAGAUCCCCUACAGAUGGGGGCUCGCUCGAUGAAAGAAAAUUCUACCUGGGAAAGAGUGCGACUCGGAGAACUGCAGCAAUUAAUAGUUGUUCUAAGCAGACUUGGACAAAAGCAUCAGAUUUGUGAGCGUCGCAAAACUGGGUUCUAGCAGUCUAGAGAAAAGGAAGAGGCUCAAACAAUCACAGAAAGGCUUGCAGAAGAACACAAAUACAAUAACAACUAUGCUGAAAACAGUGUGGCUUAUGCCUGAUGUGUUCCAAAUGGAAGUGCUUUUGGUCACCACUUUGGAAUGACAAUACAGAGAACAGUAUCUAUAAAGACGGGAAUAUCUGCUCAAAAUACUCUGAGGCUCAAAAACUACACAUUUCUUUCUAAACAAUCUGAAACACGGGUGUGGUGGUGCAGCUCACAUGAACCCUAGGCUACACAACGAGUGGUAAACAGCUAUGGGCAUUGCAGAACAUUAACCGGAAGGUCACGAAUUCUGCUGUUGCUGGCUUCAGAUAUGCUAAACUGAGCAUAGCCAAAUGUCAGCUAGUUAGGGAUGGCAUUACUAGUCUUCCUUGUUUUUCCAGGUCCAAGGAGACAUGGGGCACUUAACAUUGCUGAUGGGUUUAUUUGACUUAGAAGUAUGUGUGUUUAUGACACACGAGACAGAAAUGCUGUUCUGAAUAAAUGGAUAUUUGUUCACACUCUUGAAAAACUAGAAGUCUGUAACUGAGCCUUGAUAAAUUAUUGUUCACCAACCUUGGAGCUGAAAUCAUAUAAAUAC